AGCCCGCAACACGGAAGUACGUGGGAAACGUCUGCUGUUCUGCGUUUAAAAUAAGUGUCUUGAGAUGAGACCAACGGUGGUUUUUACGUGUUCAGUCCUAUUUUACAAUUUGGAGAUUGUACAUUCCCGAGGUGACGAUGGAAAGCAAGAAUGGCCGAUUCCUUACAGGCGAUUUGAUUGUCGUCCCGCUGCGGACUCGUACUGUGAAGCCAUGUUCCCCUUCUGUCCCACCGGCGACAGGGAUGGCCGGAUCCCCUACAUGAAUAACUGGGAUGUCAUCUCGGUAUUUCGACUGCAAGCUCCAGUGUGGGAGUUUAAAUAUGGAUCAUUGCUGGGGAAAAUGCAUAUCAUGCAUGAUGCCAUUGGGUUCAGCAGUGCUGAAACGGGGAGAAACUACACCAUGGAGUGGUAUGAACUCUUCCAGCUGGGCAACUGCACCUUCCCUCACCUGAGACGUGAGACUAACAACCCCUUCUGGUGCAACCAGGGAGCUGCAUGCUUCUUUGAGGGGAUUGAUGACAUCCACUGGUCUGAGAAUGGUACCUUGGAGAAAGUGGGAGAGAUCUCAGGUGGCCAGUUCAACGAGAUGGCCUUGUGGGUCCAGGACGACAACCAGACUGGGAUUUAUUAUGAGACGUGGACGGUCCGCUCAGACCCCGGCCCCAACGCCACCGUGUGGUUUGACUCCUACGACUGCUCUCAGUUCGUCCAUCGCACCUACAGGUAUCUUACGCAACAGCGAGCCAAGCUGUCCAGCCGAUUCCAGACCAACUACACUAAGAUCUACCUGUACAGUGGGGAGCCGACCUACUUGGGGGAUGAUGAUUCUAUCUUCAGGGAGCCUUCUGCGAAGACCCUGGCUGAAGACAUCCGCAAGUUCUAUCACCCUUUCCGACCACACCAGUCAUACAUGGACUUUGUCCUCAGUCUCGCGGAGGCUUAUCAGAAGGUGGUAGAGGAGAAGAGCUUCUACUUGUACUAUAACUUUGAAUAUUGGCACUUACCCAUGAAAUCUCCAUAUGUGCAGAUCACAUAUGAGGAAGUGCCUUUGCCGUAAAGUCACAAUUUGUAAUUGGUUUUUCAGCCAAACGGCAGCCGAGCCGCUCUCUGCAGGGAUGGGGCUGAAUUUUUUUUUUUUACCACUCAGUCAGAUGGAGCUAUGGAUCGAAGGACUAUCGUUAAUUGAACUUGCUAUUCAUUGAACUGCCAUAUUAAACUUUGUUACAUGCGCCAAAUAGAUCAACUGUAGACCUUACCGUGAAAUGCUUACUUACAAGCCCUUAACAAACAGUGCAGUUCAAGAAAGAGUUAAGAAAAUAUUCACCAAAUAAACUAAAGUAAAAAAAUCAUAAUAAGUAACACAAAAUAACAACGAGGCUAUAUACCGGGGCUACUGGUACUGAGUCCAUGUGUGGGGGUACAGGUUAGUCAAGGUAAUUUGUACAUUGAGGUAGGGGUGAAGUGACUAUGCAUAGGUGAUAAACCGCGAGUAGCAGCAGUAUACAAAACAAAUGGAGUCGGGGUCAAUGUAAAUAGUCUGGGUGGUCAUUUGAUUAUUUGUUCAGCAGUCUUAUAGCUUGGGGGUAGAAGCUGUUAAGGAGUCUUUUGGUCCUAGACUUGGUGCUCCGGUACCUCUUGCCGUGCGGUAGCAGAGAAAACAGUCUAUGACUUGGGUCACUGGAGUCUGACAAUUUUUGGGGCUUUCCUCUGACAGCGCCUAGUAUAUAGGUCCUGUACUGCGCCUUACGGUCAGAUGCCGAGCAGUUGCAUCACCGCCUGAUAUGGCAAUCGGUCAGGAUGCUCUUUAGCUCGAUGCAGAUGUUGCCUGUAAUCCAUGGCUUCUGUUUGGGAUAUGGACGUACGGUCACUGGCGACAACGUCGUCAAUGCACUUAUUGAUGAAGCGGUUGACUGAGGUGGUGGACUCCUCAAUGCCAUUGGAUGAAUCCCGGAACAUAUUCCAGUUUGUGCUACAAAACAGUCCUGUAGCAUCCGCAUCAUCUGACCACUUCCGUAUUGAGAGAGUCACUGGUACGUCCUGCUUCAGUUUUUGCUUGUAAGCAGGAAUCCAGAACUAUUCCAUAUUGCGUCUUUUUAGGUAGAGACAGCGAUGCACGAAGUAAACAGCAACAAGUAAGAAUGUAAAUACUUAUUUUCCACCAUGAUUUGCAAAUAAAUUCAUUAAAUCCUACAAUGUGAUUUUCUGGAUUUUUUUCUUCUAAUUUUGUCUGUCAUAGUUGAAGUGUACCUAUGAUGAAAAUUACAGGCCUCUCAUCUUUUUAAGUGGUAGAACUUGCACAAUUGGUGGCUGACUAAAUACUUUUUUGCCCCACUGUAUAUCCACAAUAAAACGAGUCCUAUAUCGACAACCUGAAAGGCCGGUCAGCAAGGAAGAAGCCACUGUUCCAACACCGCCAUAAAAGACAGACUAGGGUUUGCAACUAAACAUGGAGACAAAUAUCAUUAUUUUUGGAGAAAUGUCCUCUGGUCUGAUGAAACAAAAAUAGAACUGUUUGGCCAUAAUGACCAUCGUUAUGUUUGGAGGGAAAAGGGGGAGGCUUGCAAGCAGAAGAACACCAUCCCAACCGUGAAGCACGGGGGUGGCAGCAUCAUGUUGAGGGGGUGCUUUGCUGCAGGAGGGACUGGUGCACUUCACAAAAUAGAUGGCAUCAUGAGGGCAGGAAAAUUAUGUGGAUAUAUUGAAGCAACAUCUCAAGACAUUAGUCUGGAAGUUAAAGCUUGGUUGUAAAUGGGUCUUCCAAAUGGACAAUGGCCCCAAGCAUACUUCCAAAGUUGUGGCAAAAUGGCUUAAGGACAACAAAGUCGAGGCAUUGGCGUGGCCAUCACAAAGCCCUGACCUCAAUCUCAUAGAAAAUCUGUGGGCAGAACUGAAAAAGUGUGUGUGUGAGGAGGCCUACAAACCUGACUUAGUUACACCAGCUCUGUCAGGAGGAAUGGGCCAAAAUUCACCCAAUUGCUUGUGGAAGGCUACCUGAAACAUUUGACCCAAGUUAAACGCAAUGCUGCCAAAUACUAAUUGAGUGCAUGUAAACUUCUGACUCACUGGGAAUGUGAUGAAAGAAAUAAAAGCUGAAAUAAAUCAUUCUGACAUUUCACAUUCUUAAAAUAAAGUGGUGAUCCUAACUGACCUAAGACCGGGAAUUUUUACUAGGAUUAAAUGUCAGGAAUUGUGAAACUGAGUUUAAAUGUAUUUGACUAAGGAGUAUGUGAACUUCCGACUUCAACUGUAUCAAAGGCACCUGUUCACCGCCUGCUUUCGCUCGCCUCCAGCACACGGGCACUGUUGGGGCGAGUGACUCUGAAUUUACAAUGGCUAGCCGCAUGUGAAUAUUUUUUUUCUUGUUAAUUUUGCUACUUGCCUCAUGACUCCUGCAUGCUUUGUUAACUAGGAACAUUCUUGUUUACCCUACCAUGGGACACACUGUUUGUUCCCACACUCGAGACUCUGACUCUCUAUUGGCUGCACUGACUUUUGGCCUCCUAUUCUAACCGGCAUUGUAUUCAUGUUACCUGAUAAUUGCUGUAUAAUAUGAUCCUGUUGCCAUCUAAUGUCAAAUAAACACUGCAGAGUUCUCCCUGUC